GCUGCGCUCCUGCUCAUGGAGGCCCGGGUGGUGGAGGAGCCGGAGCCGAUGGACGAGUCCCUGCCUCUGCCCACCCUGAGCCCCGCCGUGCCUCCCUUCGUCACCCUCGGCCUGACGGUGGUCUACACGGUCUUCUACUCGCUCCUCUUCAUCUUCGUGUACGUGCAGCUGUGGCUGGUGCUGCGCUAUCGACACAAGCGCCUCAGCUACCAGACGGUGUUCCUGUUCCUGUGCCUGCUGUGGUCGGCGCUGCGCACCGUGCUCUUCUCCUUCUACUUCAGGAACUUUGUCACGGCCAACACGCUGGGACCCUUCCCCUUCUGGCUGCUCUACUGCUUCCCCGUGUGCCUGCAGUUCUUCACGCUCAGCCUCAUGAACCUGUACUUUGCUCAGGUUGUUUUCAAGGCAAAGUCAAAAUAUUCACCGGAGCUUUUAAGAUACAGGCUGCCGCUGUACUUGGUCUUCCUGUUCAUCAGCCUGGUGUUUCUAGUGGUGAAUCUAGUGUGUGCCCUGCUGGUGAGGAUGUCCACCACAGAGGCCCACACCAUCGUGCUCGUGAGGGUCGCGAUCAACGACACGCUCUUCGUCCUGUGCGCCAUCUCACUCUCCCUGUGUCUUUACAAAAUCGCCAAGAUGUCCCUGGCCAACAUUUACCUAGAAUCCAAGGGGACGUCGGUGUGCCAGGUGACGGUCAUUGGAGCCAUCGUCAUCCUCCUGUACUCGUCCAGGGCCUGCUACAACCUGGUCGUCCUGGGACUCUCCAACAAGAGUAUCACCUCCUUUGACUACGACUGGUACAAUGUUUCAGACCAGGCAGAUUUACAGUCGACUUUGGGCGACACUGGCUACAUCGUCUUCGGAGUGAUCUUGUUUGUGUGGGAGCUGCUGCCCACCUCUCUGGUCGUCUUCUUCUUCAGAGUUCGACAUCCUAACCUAGACAGGAGCGGUUCUGGGCUUCCUGGUCACGUCUUCUCCUCCAGGGCUUAUUUCUUCGAUAACCCUCGACGUUACGACAGCGAUGAUGAUCUGGCGUGGAGCGUCAUGCCUCAGAACAUCCAAGCCAGUCUGGCUGCGGACAGUUACGAGUGGGGGAGCCAAAGCAGCAGCAUCAGCGCCUACAUCGCAGCAGAGGAUAGUUACCACCUCCCUGCUCCUCCAGAGGAGCUCAGCCAUUACUGACUGGAGGUCACACCGACUCCUGACCUUUCUUUCUCCUUGUACAUUUUUGCACAAUCUCUCUUAAUGACCGAGGCACAUGGGGCUGGACGCUGCCCUCGACUUCAUACAUUCUAUUUUGUCUAGAGAAGAAGAACUAACAGACUUAUAUGAAGGUCCACUGACUGGGCGUUAAUUUUGCACACUCCUUAUACAAAGUCUGAUCGCAUUCUGACUGCUCUUAAACAUUUUACAUUGUAUAGUUUGUAUUGAAUACUGCUUAAUAUAUUUCCUGGCCUCUGUAAUAUGAACUGUAUUACUAUUUUAUGUCAUGUUUCUUUUUUUCAUACAGAUUGUUUAUAUAGAGAAGAUAUUCAUGUAAUUCAUAUUAAAAACAUUUAAAUGUGAAAAUGUACUUUACUUUUAACAUUUCACCCGGACUAAUGAUACAAAAGUUGUUCAUGUUUAACAAUGAAUAAACAUAUUUUCAUAUAUA